AUGGUCGCCCUUACUUCUGCUGCGGGUGUCAUCUCACUCCUCGACGAACGGGAAGCACAGUUGAAGGUCUAUGCUCUGCAGACAUUGAAUUCCAUUGUCGACCAAUUCUGGGCUGAAAUAUCCGAUGCCGUUUCAAAAAUUGAAAUACUGUAUGAGGAUGAAAAGUUUGGGCAAAGGAGACUGGCUGCUCUAGUAUAUUAUCAUUUAGGAGAGUACAACGAAUCAUUAUCCUUUGCACUCAAGGCCGGAGAGCUUUUUGAUCCUGCUGCCAAGAGCGAAUAUGUAGAAACAAUCAUAUCUAAAUGUAUCGACAAGUACAUAGCAGACCGUACCAACCAACACGAACACCCAACAGCUGGAGUCAAAGUCGACAAGGAUUUAGAAGAUGUUGUAGAACGUAUGUUUAGGAGGUGUUAUGAUGAUAAGGAGUACAAGCAGGCCAUUGGUAUCGCUAUUGAAUCCAGGAGAUUAGAUGUCAUUGAAAAGGCCUGCUUGCUGGAUCCCACCCAAACCAGAGAUUUAUUGCUAUAUGUGUUGGAAUCGAGCAUGACAUUGGUUGUGCAUAUGAUCUUCCGUAACGAGAUAUUACGAUUACUAGUCAAAUUGUACAAGACACUUCCAGAACCCGACUACUUUUCCAUGAUGCAAUGUUUGGUUCACUUGGAUGACUAUGAAUCCGCCGCUGAGUUACUCAAAACACUUGUGAAGGUUGAUGAAAAACAUAUUCUCAUUGCCUUCCAAAUCGCAUUCGAUCUCGAAAAUAAUGCCACUCAAUACAUGUUGCAAAAAGUAUCUGGUGCUCUACCAGGAGCUACGUCAGCUCCAUCGGCAACUGCUAUGGAUGUUGAUUCUGCUCCUGGAAAGGGACCAGCUGAUCCACAUCAAGCCACAUUCGACAAGAUUCGAGAGAUAUUGACUGGACAAUUGGCCAUCAAACUCAAUUUGGAGUUCCUCACACGCAACAACCAUACCGAUUUGGCAAUCCUCAAAGCAACCAAGAAUGCUCUUGAAUCUCGAAACUCUGUCUAUCAUUCAGCCAUCACUUUUGCUAAUGCAUUCAGCAAUUGUGGAACAACCAGUGACGAGUUUUUGAGACAGAAUCUGGAAUGGCUCUCACGUGCUUCAAAUUGGACGAAAUUUAGUGCCACUGCAGGAUUGGGUGUUAUUCACAAGGGACAAAUUACUCAUGGCAAGGCCAUUCUUGGUCCAUAUCUGCCACAAGAUGGUGUGAGUGGAUCUGCAUACUCUGAAGGAGGUGCAUUAUUCGCAUUGGGUCUGAUACAUGCCAACCAUGGUUCUGGCAUCAUCGAAUAUCUCACAAAUGCCCUCAAGAAUACACAAGCUGAAGUUAUUCAGCAUGGAGCCUGUUUGGGAUUGGGUGUUGCUAGCAUGGGAUCUGAUAGUGAGGACAUUUUCGAUGAUUUGAAGAAUGUCUUGUUUAGUGAGUCCGCUGUAGCUGGAGAAGCUGCUGGCAUAGCCAUGGGUCUAGUCAUGCUAGGAACAGGCUCCGACAAGGCAUUAAAUGAUAUGCUCCCAUAUGCCCAUGAAACUCAGCACGAAAAGAUUAUUCGAGGUCUCGCAUUAGGCAUGGCCUUGAUUGCAUACGGUCGAGAAGAACAAGCCGACGUAUUGAUUGAACAGUUGGUCUCUGACAAGGACCCCAUCCUACGUUAUGGUGGUAUUUAUGCCAUCUCAAUGGCAUAUGCAGGAACAGGCAAUAAUAAAGCUAUACGUAAACUGUUGCAUGUCGCUGUAUCUGAUGUCAAUGAUGAUGUGAGACGAGCUGCAGUUAUGGGUCUUGGAUUUGUCUUGUUUAGACAAGCUUCGCAAGUGCCCAAACUCGUGCAACUCUUGUCAGAGAGUUACAACCCUCAUGUUCGUUAUGGAGCUACCAUGGCUCUUGGUAUUGCAUGUGCAGCUACUGGCAUGACUGAAGCAUUGGAAUUACUCGAUCCAAUGCUCAAAGACCCUGUCGAUUUCGUUCGACAAGGUGCUCUCAUAGCUAAUGCCAUGAUCCUCAUUCAACACAACGAUAGUAUGUCACCUCGAGUCGCUUCAGUCAGAAAAAUGUAUGAAAAGAUUGUAUCGGAUAAGCAUGAGGAACAAAUGGCCAAGUUUGGUGCUACUAUUGGUCAAGGUAUUCUAGAUGCUGGUGGUCGAAAUGUGACUCUAUCGCUUGCAAGUCGAAAUGGAUAUUUGAACAGAAGCGCUAUUGUUGGAAUGGCCUUGUUUACGCAAUUCUGGUAUUGGUAUCCAUUGACUCACUUUUUGAGUUUGGCUUUCACUCCUACUGCUGUUAUUGCUCUCAACAAUAAUCUCGAUGUACCCAAACUUGAAGUAACAUCGAAUGCCAAACCAUCCAUGUUUGCCUAUCCUCCCGCUUUGAAGCCACCGACAGUAGAAAAGAUUGAAAAGGUGGAAACUGCCAUCUUGUCAACUACACAAAAGGCCAAGGCUCGAGCACGUAAAGCUGAAAAGGAGAAGGGAGAUGCUAUGGACACAGAUGAAAAGAAGGAGGAUGGCAAGAAGGAUGUUGACAUGAAGGAUGUUGAUGAUAAGAAAGAAGGAGAUGAAAAGGCUGAUGAUAAAAAAGAUGAGAAGAAGAAGCGCAAGAAGGAAGAGUCGUUUGAGAUUCUGCAAAAUAUGGCACGUGUAUUACCCCAACAGCUCAAGUAUCUGAAUUUCAAGGAAGAUUCUCGAUAUGUACCAGUCAAGUCGACUAUUACUGGUGGUAUUGUCAUUGUUGAAGAUCGACGACCAACAGAGCCAGAAGAACUUGUAUCUCUUGCAGCUCCAGUGGCCGCUGCUCCAGCAACUACCGCAGCUACUGCUGCUGUUUUGAAUGCUCCAGAUACGGCAAAUGAGCCUGCCCCUCCAGAACCCUUUGAAUAUCGCGAGGACUGA